CAAACAGCUGCUGCCUUGUCAGAAAUGCCAUUUCGAGUUUGAGUUCCAUGAGGUAAAAGUGAAAAGUGUGUAAGUGGAAGCAGGAAGAGAAACGGAACUUCGGGAUUUUCGCAAUUAGAAAAAAAUUAAAUUUGAUGGAAAAGAAAACUCUAAAAAGCAUUCCGGGUACAGCGUACAGUUCCCAAAAUGGUCAUUUACUGGUUUCUUCUGGAAUACCGUCCCUGGAUACUCUGUUAGGAGGUGGAAUACCGGUUGGAACUGUGGUAUUGAUAGAGGAAGAUUUCCAUGGAUCUUACUCUAAGAUAGUAUUAAAAUACUUUCUUGCCGAGGGUAUUGUCUCUAAUCAUUCUACUUUAGUUGCUAGUCAAGAUGUAAAUCCUUCCAAUAUUAUCAAAGAAUUACCUGCUGUGAUUGAUAGUGAUCUAGAGCCAGAGAGGGUACUACAAUCCCCUGGUAUUAGUGAUAAAAUGAAGAUAGCAUUCAGAUAUCAAAAUUUACCUACCAGAGACAGUGCAAGACACCACGUCAAACAUAUCGGACAUAUUUACGACUUAUCAAAAAAUAUGUCAUUUAGCGAUAUAGAAAAUUCAGAUAUAUGUUAUUGGACUGGCCAAAGAAUUGAAAAUGGUUCAAGAACCUACUCGAAUCCGGCGUACAACGCUCUCUUAAAGUCAAUCAGAAACAAAAUCAAAGACGGAAAGUUCUUCUUGAAGGACUCACCGGAGAAGAGGACCGUUCUCAGGAUCGGCGUGCAUUCGCUGGGAUCCCCCAUGUGGUUACCGCACAGGAAGUCGCUGCAUUCGAUAGACAGUACGAGGGAUCUGGACAAAUUCAUAUUUUGCCUGCGGGCGCUAGUGAGAUCGGCGUAUGCCGUGGCUGUCGUUACGAUUCCUACACAUCUAUAUCACGAGAUAUCUUUGGACCGGUGUAUACACUCCAGUGACAUCGCGAUGCGACUUCAAGCCUUCAGCGGAACCGAACUCGAAAAUAAUCAAAGUUUAGCAGAAUACCACGGUUUCUUCUACCUCACCAAGUUAGCGGCUAUCAAUUCUUUGGCCUCGAGGCAUCCGGGAUCUAUGGAAUACGCCUUUAAACUAAGGAGGAAAAAGUUCUCUAUAGACGUUCUCCAUCUACCUCCUGAUAUUCAAGAAAAUAACGACACCAAAAGGCAUAAUAUUCCACAAUUCGGGUGUGCCACUGGCGGCAUGAAAAAUUUAGAUUUUUAAAUUAAAUCCGUACCUUGAAUCAAGUUGAUGUAAUUUAUUUAUUGAAAAGUAUUAUAUUUUGAAAGAUUUGACAAAUA